CUCUCUCUCUCUCUCUCUCUCUCUCUCUCUAUGUAUGUUUGUAUCUCUCCGAAAGUAGUGUUUCACCUGAGGCAAGAAAUGCAUCUACAUAAGCACUUGCUUAUACUACUAAUAAUCUUUGCAUCAACACUGUCUUGUUCUGGUCGUAAAAGCAAUCAUCAUCGACCCCACGCUAAGCCACAGCUGGUCAAUGUAGAUGAAUAUGGAGCCAUAGCUAAUGGCACCGAUGAUUCUGAGGCAUUUAUGAAAGCAUGGAAGAAUGCUUGUGAUUCUCCGAGUGGAAGUGAGGUUGUGGUUCCGGAGAAUAAAGUGUAUCAUCUUAAGCCCAUUACAUUUUCUGGUCCUUGUAAACCUAAUUUUAGGUUCAAGAUUUAUGGGACAAUCAAAGCCUCUUCGCGUCGCUCGGACUAUGAGAAGGAAGGAAGACGUUGGAUUACGUUUAAACAUCUUGAAAGUUUUUCGGUAGAAGGAGGAGGAACCAUCAAUGGAAAUGGAAAAAUUUGGUGGAUUAAAUCGUGCAAAAUUGAUGAAAAUCAACCCUGCAAAGAUGCACCGACGGCAGUAACUUUCAAGAAUUGCAAGAAUAUUAGUGUUAAUAAUAUAAGGAUUAAAAAUCCACAACAAAUACAUUUAACUUUCCUUAAUUCAAUAAAUGUGAAAGCUUCAAAUUUGAGGUUGAUCGCUCCUGGCAACAGCCCAAACACAGAUGGAGUUCAUAUAUCCGAUUCUCAAAAUGUUCAUGUCAUCAACUCUGUUGUAAAAACAGGUGAUGAUUGUGUUUCAAUCGUAAACGGAUCAAGAAAUAUUGUAAUCAGCAAAAUAAAAUGUGGACCUGGUCACGGUAUCAGUAUUGGGAGUUUGGGGAAGAACAACUCAGAGAGCAAAGUGUCAAAUAUAUUAGUCGACAAAGCAAUAAUUUCAAAUACCACAAAUGGAGUCCGAAUUAAAAGUUGGCAGGGAGGGUCUGGAUACGCUAGAAAUAUCAAAUUUCAAAAUAUCAUAAUGCACAACGUGACUAAUCCGAUCAUUGUGGAUCAAAACUAUUGUGAUAGAAAAGAAGAAUGCGAAGAACAGUAUUCCGCAGUACAAAUGCAGAAUGUGGUUUACAGGAACAUAAAAGGAACAAGUCAUUCAGAAGUGGGCAUAAAUUUUGACUGCAGCAAAACGUUUCCAUGUCAAUCAAUUUUGUUGGAAAAUGUACUUCUAAGUCGUGAAGGGAAUGAAGGAGACAUGAAAGCAUCUUGUUCAAAUGUCAUGUUCGGAACUAGAGGGGCAGUUACACCCCGUUGUGAAUGACUGAAAGCAUAUAGAAUCCCAAAAGAGGAAAGUAGAAAGAUUGUAAAUUUUUUGAACUAAUACCUGUUUAUGAUAUCUAUACAUUAUGAUGCAAUACUUUUCUUAUUUAGUGAUAUAAAAAUAUUAUAAAUUUCUCUCCAAA